CAAUGACCUAGUUCCACCAAAUUUAAAAAUAAAAAAUUAGAAAAAAUUAGAAUUUUAUUCAUUUACGUUUGAUUAGGAUGAACAAUACAAUGUUACUGACAGCAUAUCACGGAGAUUUUAUACUGAAGAGCUUCACGACUGAUGGAUUUGAACUAAUUUAGUGUAAUAAACAUUUGAUGGGUAAUGAAAAAACUGAGAUUUUUCAAUAAAAUUUUUCGAGUCGAUUCGCAGACUGCUGUUCGGAAUUGAAGCUUAACUAUUAUCUGAGAUCAGUAAGCUUUGUAAACAGCAAUAGAUUUUGAGCUUCUGACCCAGUACAAUGCUUUCAUCAACUAGUCGAGUAAGAGUUUCAGAGUUGACUGCUCUGGCAGAAGAGGAAGCCAUUCGCAUAAGCAACAGGAAAAGUUUCAGAAAGUCUCGAAGGUGUAUCUCAUCAAUCAAUGAGGAAUCUGAGCCUGAAAAUGAGGAGAAUGAUGAAAAUGAUAUAAAUGUAGAAGGUGCUAAAGAACCAACGGAUCCAAAAGUUGCUGCCCAACUUGAACGCAAAGCUAAGAUUGCGCAGGAAUUGAUUGAUUCAGAGAAAACAUACCAACAGCAUUUAGAACUUGUUCUUAAGUAUUUCCAAGAGCCACUUUUGAACAGCAACAUGCUUCCAAGAAAUGUUGUCAGUGUUAUUUUUGGCAACAUUGAGCAGAUUAUUGCUGUAAACCGAGCCCUUCAUGUUCACCUGGCCCACUUAGAUGUCGGAGAAGCAUUCAAGCAAUUGAUGCCCUUCCUUAAGCUAUAUUCUAUGUAUGCAAAUGGGCAUGAGAGAGCACUGGCAACAUUAAUGGAAUGGGACCAGAAAAGUUCAGAAUUUGCAGCAUUCCGACGUAGACAGGAGGACUUACCUGAAGUGAAAGGAUUGAAGUUAAAUGCCCUUCUGAUAACACCAGUGCAGAGAAUACCCAGGUACAAGCUUAUGCUGGAGGAUCUGUUAAAGUUCACACCGCAAGACAGUGAAGAUUACCCUGCAAUUAAAGAUGCAGCUGGGGAGAUGCAAAAGGUGGCGCUACAUAUCAAUGAACAUGUUCGCCAGCAUGAAAACUUUCAAAAGAUGUUAGCAAUCCAGCGUAAUCUGGCAGGGGAGGCAGCUCCGAAGAUUCUUGCUCCUGGCAGAGUGUUUCUAAAGGAAGGGAACCUUAUGAAGAUACCCAGGAAGGGCUAUGGUAAACCUCAGGAGAGAAAGUUUUACCUUUUCUCAGACAUGUUGAUGUAUGCCAAGCCCCGCCUGCUAGAGAAUGACCACAGGUCUCUAACAUGUUGCUGUGUAUUACCUUUGAAAUACUGCGCUGUGGAGAGAACUCUAGGAGAGAAACUUUUCAAGGUAACAUGCAGAGAUGAAUGUUUGCUGUUAUUCUCUGAAGAGACAAAAGAAGUUGACAACUGGAUGUCAGCUCUACAAGAUGCCAUAAGUGAGUUGAAGUGUGGCAGACAAACAUUGAGGAGGUCCAGUAGCAGAGUUGAACCUAUGAGGAGGCAUGGAUUUGUAAAACAAAAGCGCAUGGACAAAAGAAAAAGCCCAAAGAAAAAGCUUGGGGUCUCAGAAUGCACCAGAAGUCCUCUGACACCAAUAAGAAGGCUCAUAGCUGAUAAUCUGACCCCACGGAAAAAGCGUAAAUUGGAAUCAAAGAAGCCAACUAUAGGCAGCCCUAUGCAGGUGUCUCAUUUGGCCAGUGGAGCAACAACAUUUAAUACACCAUCAAAAUCAUUAAGAAUAGAUUCUCCCUCUAAAAGCACAAACAGUGUGCAGAUGGACAACAGCGACUGGAAAUACCUCACAGCUGCAGAUAGUAUGGCAAAGGAUACAUCAAAGGCAGCUGAUCGUGAUGAUUUUCAAAAUUUUGAUUUCAUUGAAUCUGGUCAAGAAAAUUUAGGAUUUGAGAAGUCUGGGUCACAUUCUUGUGACCAGCCACAUGGAGAUUAUAAUAUUAAUGACACACCACAUGAAAAUAUUGUAAGUGGUUCUAACACUACAAAUAUGUCAUUUGAUACAUCCCAAAAUGCCUCUUCUGAAUUUGACACCAGUGCCUACACCCAGUCCUAUGUCCGCAAAACAAAAACAUUGAUGCAUGAAUUUAAUUGGACACCUGAGAAAUCUGCUGAAAGCGAACAUAUUGAGAAAUUCAUUGAAGAAACCAACACACCGAGAAGACGACCUCGUCGUAGCAGUAUACAUGAGUACAUCGACAAUUAUGUUAUCAGUUCUACUCCAACCAUGAAGAGCUCUAUACCUCCAAUUCUCGAGAGUCCACCUCCAAUUUUAGAGAGCUCAAAUGCAAUUUGUCAUGAUCAACGGGACAACAUGAGUGUUGAGUCAUAUUUGUCAAAUGAUGGUUACCCAGAACAAUACGGUUCCCUCCAAGAAUUUUCUGUGAAUUUAGGGGAUUUCCCUGGUGAUAUUGGGGAAUUCCCAGCAACUGAGAUGUACAUUGAUCCUUCUGAAAGUCAUCUAUCAGAUGAUGAAGAAUCUUCAACCACAAGCAAGCAUGAUAUGAGCAGGUCAAGAAUUGCUAGAAAAUAGGCAUGACAAGGAAAUUUCAGCAAAGAAAACACUUAACUCGAUACGACAAGCCCGCGACACAACGGUUGACCCCAAAUUUGUGCCUGGCUAUGGGGUCGACCUUUCUACAUGCAGCAUCUUCUGAAAAUGUCAGCAAACAGCAUAGUGCAUGGCCCUAUGUGGACCAGAUUGAGCAUAAUAUAAAACAGUUUCCUCAGUUAUGUAUGGCAUGGCCCCAUGUGGCCCUGACUGAUGAUUAAAUGUUAAUGAUUGUAAUAGUAUUGAAGAGUAUAUGAUCCGACACUCGUAGACCAGACUCUUAAAAAGAAUAUCCAUCCAUCCUUUUCAUCUUUUUAUAGAUGGCAUAUUUGAAGGAACGAGUCCAUGACAUGACCAUAUAAAGCAGUAAUAAUGCAUGGGAAAACAUGUAUCCCCAUGUAAAUGAAUACUGUGUAAUAUCAUGCAUUAUACACUAAACUGAUUGGACAAGCAAUACAUGCAAUAGUUCGUACACUGAACUAAUUGUAGAAUGAUUAAAUUAUAUGAAAAUGUCCCUAAUCUACAAGAACAAUAGAUGCUGGUAAAUCUCAUACACAAGGUGGAAUAUUUUAUUGUCUUUACAGCAACACCCAUGGAUAGGUAUGCUCAUUUAGUUUUGCAUUUUAUGAAUGAGAUAUACUCCACACCAAGCUGCUACGUGGGCAUGGAAAUUAUUUUUUAUAUAUAAAAA